GGCCCCAGGCCCAAGGAGAUGACUUUAUACAGAACAAUACACACGAAACUGUAGCUGUUUGUGUUCCUUUCCUUGCCCUGCAGAUUGAUUGAGCUCGACUGAUUUUUUCCUUUCCCUACUCGUCGCUCCUUCUUCAAUCGAACAUGCAACAGGAAGGGGCUUCUCAGAUGGAGGUCACUUGGGAGGAUCAGCAGAACAUCAAUAGAUUCAGCAGAUUAAAUACUCGCUUUCACGAGCUGGAAGAAGAAAUCAAGAUCUCCAAGGAAACAAAUGAUAAUCUGGAGGAUGCGGGCAAUGAGCUGAUUCUCACCGAUGAGGAGGUGGUUCGGUUCCAAAUAGGAGAAGUCUUUGCACAUGUAUCUCGGGAUGAAGUUGAGAACAGAAUAGAAGAAAUGAAAGAGGUGACUAGCAAGAACUUAGAGAAACUCAAGGAAGAAAAGGAAUCCGUUUUAGCGCAAAUGGCUGAGUUGAAGAAGAUUUUAUAUGCAAAGUUCGGGGACAGCAUCAAUCUAGAGGAGGAUUAAUACGGCUUCAAUGGGUUUUUGGCCCUCUAAUUUUGUUGUUCAUUUCUUGCUUCGUUAUGGCCAUCUUUUGUUAAGGAGAAUGUUUAUUUGUCUCCUCAAUGUGUGGUGUAUGUUGCUGUCAACCUCUAGUCUUGUUGAAGAUUGUCUAUUCCAGAUUGGUUCUGCGAUGAAUAGGAUCUUUCUUUGGUUAGGAGGAUUAUAUGCAUAUACAACUGAGUAGACGGUUUGCAUGGUUUGAGAUAUGUUAAACUCAAUGAUCUGGACUCUGGAUUGCCAUACAGAGGCCCUGUAGUCCCAAUAAGAACCGUUGGAUCGUAUGAUAAAUGUGAUCAUGUAGUGCCAAUGAGGACCGUUUGAUCUUA